AAUUUUUUUUGAUGAACAAGAUGAAAAAAAAUUUUUAAGUAAUUUUUUCGACAAUGUUUUGGCACUGAAGACGACAAAACAAAGACUGUGUAUGUGUUUGUGUGUUGUUCACUGCCCAAAACUGAAAAAUGAAGAAAUUAAAAAUCGUCCAGAAAUUGAAUUUUCAUCAUUUGAAAAAUGAACAACAGUACCAAAUGAAUGAGACUCUUUUUUACUGAUUGAUCAGAUUUUUUCCGUUCAUGAUGAUAUGUUUUUGCAAUCAAUCGUAUUCCACACAUUUGGUCGAACUAUCUAUCUGGUGGUCAUUCAACUUUUAAAGAUGGAAAAAAGCCAACAGAACACACAGAAAAUUACCAAUGCAGAACAAAUUAUUUAUUGUGAAAAAAGAUUGUCUUGUUCAUUUUUUCUUCAUCAUAAUAAUAGUGCCAAUGAUGAUGAUCUUGUUGUUCAGAUUUUGGAUUCGAACAAUUCAAAACUUAUCGUUUAUUGUUUUGGCGGUGCUGAUUCGAAUUUCAGGUCAUCAUAAUAAUCAAUCUGUUAUGUGGAUGAAUACUUGCGAACCGAUCACAAACGGAUGUUACACACUAUCUAUCGAUCGAUCGGCGUAUUGUAUAACAAGUUUGGCUUGACUUUAUUGUGGUCAAAAAAAUGAUAUUGUUCGAUAGUGACAUCUAUCAGAUUAAAAAACAAAAAAACUAAUGAAAACAUUCGGCACCAGAAGGCAUUGCUAGUGCCAUGCCAUUAAUCUAUAAGAUUCGAAAAUUCCAGAAGAAUCUCCUCGAAUCAACAACAAUAGAAAACAUUAAAAUAUGAAAAGAGCUUGGCAAGCAUUGACUUCAUCGUAAUGAUCAUAAUCGCAAAUUACAAAUUUAUAGCCGAUAACAACAACAACAACAACGACAACAAGAAAAAGAAUUGGAAUCCAAGAUGAAAAGAGAGAAAAACUGGAUAUAAAUUGAUCCCUGUAAACAGUGACCAAUUCUUUUCUUCUUUAUCUACAUAAGACGAGUUUCAAGCUACAAAACGAUGGAUACAAUAUUUUAUCCAAAUCAAGACGAUUUAAUAUGACCAAACAUAUGAAAUGAAAUGAAGCGCGAACCAAACGAAAAAUUGCCCGAUAUAAAACAUAUUACAAUACAACAAUAAUAACAUAUAUAUGGACGACGCCGGAUCGUCUUGACAACAACAACGAAAACAAACUCUUUUCUCGAUCGGUUUCAAUGAUAUACUGGAUUCAUCAUCAUCAUCAUUCAGUUGAUCUGGUUUCCAUGGAUUUUUUUUUCGUUCGAAUAUUUUUGUUGUUAUUGUCUGGAUCUGUCAUAAACACAUGACACCCCAGCAACAACAACAUAACAUAUUCUGAUUCGAUUCUUUCAUCAUCAUCAUUGUCAUUAGAUAUCUCAACAUCUUUGUUUCAUAUGUUCAAUCAAUUCAUUUCAUUUUUCAUUGGUCAUGAUGAUUACAAGUCCAUUUUCAACAACAAUCGACAAUGGUAAUGAUUUUGGUCUUCAUGUCGAUGAUGAUGAUCAAACCAUACGUUUAAUUCAGCCGGAAAUAUGGCAAAAAUCACAACAAUUACAAGAAUUGAUAAAUUUAUUUCUAGAAAAAAAUGAUGAUUUUAAAAAGAUUGUUUCCACGUUUGUACAAUCAUUAAACGAUGUUGGCGAAAUGAUUGAAAGAGAAAAAAUAAAGGCAAUUGGAUCUCGUUCAUUGAUAAAAGCAUUGGAAAUGAAACGUGAUUCAUUACGAGAACAAUAUCGUAAUAUGAUACGUGAAAAAAAAAUUGAACUCGAAAGGAUGCAAUUAGAGCAUGAAUUAUUACGGCAAGAAGAAUUGAAACAACAGAAUCUAUUAGGUAUCCUACGACAAUUGAAACGAUGAAUGAUAAGAGAUAAGAGAUCGGAAUCAAAAGAUCCAUAAACUUUCAACAACAAAAUAGAAAAGACAUUCAUGUUCUAUUCAUGAUGAUAACUGAUGGCAAUAUUAAAAAAA